AGGAUCGGUACCAGGAUGCUCCGGUUCCCGUCGCUGCUUCUGCUCUGCCUGGCGCACUUCAUUGAUGAGCACCGGGUUCACGCUGGUAACUGCUGGUACGAGCAGGGGAAGAAUGGCAGAUGCCAGGUACUCUAUGUGUCUGGAAUGAGCCGGGAGGACUGCUGCAGGAGUGAGCGGCUGGGCAUGGCCUGGACUGAGGAGGACGUGUCCAGCAACACCUUAUUCCGUUGGUUGCUCCUACACGGUGGUGCACCAAACUGCAUACCAUGUAAAGAAACAUGUGAUAACGUCGACUGCGGCACUGGAAAGAAAUGUAAGUUGAACAGGAGAAACAAACCCCGCUGUGUGUGCGCUCCGGACUGCUCCAACAACACCUUCAAGGGUCCGGUAUGCGGAUCAGACGGGAAGACGUAUCGCAAUGAGUGUGCACUGCGCAGAGCCAAGUGCAGAAGAUACCCAAACCUGGUGGCCCAGUACCAGGGCAAAUGCAAGAAGACGUGUAAUGAAGUGCACUGCCUGGGCAGCUCUACAUGCGUGGUGGACCAGAACAAUAACGCCUACUGUGUGACCUGUGAGCGUGUCUGCCCCGAGGUCGCCUCGCCAGAACAGUACCUGUGUGGGAAUGAUGGGAUCACUUACGUCAGCGCCUGCCAUCUCCGAAGAGCCACGUGCAUUCUGGGAAAGUCCAUUGGGGUUGCCUACGAGGGCAAAUGUAUAGAUGCCCAAUCGUGUGACGACAUCCACUGUCCAGAACAGAAAACGUGCCUGUGGGACACCCGGACGGGUCGAGGGCGUUGCUCUGUCUGUGAGGACGAGUGUCCGGAAAGUCAUCCUGGUGACAGCGUGUGCGCCAGCGACAAUAACACCUACCGCAGCGAGUGUGAGAUGCGCCGGGCCGCCUGCUCGCGAGGCGUCGUCCUCGAGGUCAAACACACAGGAUCCUGCAACUGUGUAGAUCACUGACCGCCAUCAGUCAAGCCAUACACAGAUCCACCUGCUUCCUUGUGCG